GGCUUGGGCUCGGUCUCGGUUGGGCCCUGGGCCGCGCGGGCAGCCGUUACGGUGGCCGCGCGGAGAACCGUUAGGGCGGCGCGGGCUGCCCCCAGCUGCGCGCGGGCAGCCGGUAGGGCUGCAAGAGCUGCUGCACGCGCCGCCCCAACGGGCACGCGCACGGGCACGCGCGCCAGCCCCGCCAGGCGGCACUAGGGGGAAGGGGCCUCGGGCCCCGCCCUAGUCCGGCACACGGCACCGCGCAGGCGCGGCGGCCAUUUCCGACGCCGCAGUGAAGGUUUGGGCGCGGCCGAAGCGCCCGGUUCUUCCCCGUCGGACGGGAAUCGCUCAUCUUCCCCGGCCGAUCGGUCUCCUCAGGCCUGCCGUGAGUGAGGGCGGGCGGGCGGGCGGACUGGUGGGAGCGCGGCGCGCCCCUGCGUGCCGCGGGAGGCGGCGAGGCCCUCGCCUUUUGUCGCGGCUCGGUUCCCUUCUGCCCGCAGCGCGUCCCCGGCACGAUGUCUCGAAGAUAUGACUCCAGAACUACCAUAUUUUCUCCAGAAGGUCGCUUGUACCAAGUUGAGUAUGCAAUGGAAGCAAUUGGACAUGCAGGUACUUGCUUGGGAAUUCUAGCAAAUGAUGGUGUUUUGCUAGCAGCAGAAAGACGCAACAUUCACAAGCUUCUUGAUGAAGUGUUUUUCUCGGAGAAGAUAUACAAACUUAAUGAGGAUAUGGCUUGCAGUGUUGCAGGAAUCACUUCAGAUGCCAAUGUUCUAACAAAUGAACUGAGACUGAUUGCACAGAGAUACUUGCUACAAUAUCAAGAGCCCAUUCCUUGUGAACAGCUGGUAACAGCACUGUGUGAUAUCAAGCAGGCUUAUACACAGUUUGGAGGAAAACGUCCUUUUGGUGUUUCGUUGCUGUAUAUUGGCUGGGAUAAGCAUUAUGGAUUUCAGCUGUAUCAAAGUGAUCCUAGUGGAAAUUAUGGAGGGUGGAAAGCUACAUGCAUUGGGAAUAAUAGUGCUGCAGCUGUGUCAAUGCUGAAGCAAGACUACAAAGAAGGAGAAAUGACCUUGAAGACUGCACUUGCUUUAGCCAUUAAGGUUCUAAACAAAACCAUGGAUGUUAGCAAACUCUCUGCAGAGAAAGUUGAAAUUGCAACACUGACAAGAGAGAACGGAAAGACAGUAAUAAGGGUUCUGAAGCAAAAGGAGGUGGAACAGUUGAUAAAACAACAUGAGGAGGAGGAAGCAAAAGCUGAACGUGAAAAGAAGGAAAAAGAACAAAAAGAGAAGGAUAAAUAGAAUAUGAAAUCAAGUGUUCUGUAGAUAAUAGAGGACCUGCUUCAGUAAAAGAUAAUCUGGAUUUCUGUUUUGUAGAAGCCUACAAACAUGCCAUGGAGGACCCAGAAUUACUUUUGAUGAACCAGGUCCUUAAUCAUCAUUCAGAUAAUUAGUUUGCUUCUCCUUGCAUUGACCAAUAACUGCUUUAAUUCUUGAACACUCUAUUUCUUUCAUCUUCUAUUUUUUAUUAUGGAAUAAAAUUUAAGAAUAAUAGUGAUGGGUGUCUUUAUUUCCUUAGUAAUGCCUGGAUAUGCACAAUUUUGAGGGAUUUAAUCGCUUUAAACCAUUAUAACAAGGUAUAUGUUAGUUGGUAAAGAACAAAUAUGGUGUUAGAAUUGUUAGACUUUUGUGUGUAUGUGUGGGUUUUCCCUUUUAAAGUAGUGAAAAGGGCUCCUAAGUUAGAAAAAUCAUUUCACAAAUACAGAAUUAAAGUGUGCUGGCAUGCCAAGUUUUAGUUUUGGCUUAUUUUGUUCUAUAACAGGCUAUGUCAAACUGAUGGUCUUGCAAGCAGUAGUGUUUUAAACAUGCCCUGUAGCAAAUGUGUUCAGUUUAUCAUAGCCUUUCAUGAAUGCAUGUGUUUUCUAAGAAAUUAAUCAUAUUACACUAGCUAUAGUCACACAAACUAGAAAGACAUUUUACAAAGGCCACGUGAAAAUGUUAAGCUAUCUCGUCAAAAUACAAAUAGGUAAAUAAAAUACUGCAUGAUUUUAGGUCAUGUUGACUAUUUUACAUUUUAUCCUGAAAGGAAAUUGAGACGUCAUAUAUUCUUUAGUGUUGCUGAUACUUGCCCAGAGAAUUUGGUUCCCUCUCUGAGAGAUGCAAGUCUAGAAGGCUAACCAGUUAACCACUUGAGAAAUCAUAAUAUUUGUGCAUGAAUUAGAAAGUAGAAUAAUUUUUGUUCAAAUUGUCCCUGUACUGAAUGCAAAAUAUGUUUUUCAGAUUAACUAAAAUCUCUUCUGGAAAAAAACCCAAAAAACUGUUGUUAAUAGAGGAGAUGGAAACAAGUUAGUGAAAAUUGUUUUGCACCCUUUCAGUUACCAAAAGCAAACUGAAAAACUCACUCAGCCUUACUUGCUGAAUUUCAAACUGUGACACUGGUGAUCCAGCCCCUGUGUGCUGACUCUGUGUCUGUCUUGUAGCUGCUCCCCCCUACCCCCCCAAAGGAUAUCUGAUGUUUACAGGAUUUAAUAUGAUCUUUUAAGGAAACAGAGUGAAUCCAUACAAUGGUUUAUUAUUUUUAAUCUAUCCUGGACAUUUUUGACUGAUAAAAUGUACUUUGUCAACGUGGCCAGAAAUUACCCUUAGUCUCAACAAAACCCAUUUUUGAGCUCAUUGCUGUAAAAUUCACUGUUGAGAACAGAGGAAGGAAUCUGACUUGAGGUGUUUCCUGCAGCUUGGGUAGACGUACUGCACUCACUUUGGCAACCUCUGUACAGGCAGUCCUGUGGGGUGGCAUGGGUUCUGUGCAGGCUGCAGGACCUGCUUCUUGCUUUUCUAAGUUUCAGUGCAGGCCAAUUGCUUUAGGCUUUUGUACUGAACUUAGUACUUCGUUAGUAUUCAAAUUUUAUAGCUAAGAAAGGUUAGACCUGACUUUUAUUUGCACCUCACAACAGUAGAUCUUCCAAAUAAUAACAUAGGAAUGAUGUUUCAUGUACCGAGUUCUGAGUAGUGUCAGAAAACAUGCAAUCACUAAGAUUCAAUCUCCAUUGUAAAGGGUUGUAUAAAUACCUCAAGUUCCAUUUUUAUGUAGAAAAUUCAGUGCUCAAUCUUCUUAUUUUUUGAUACCAUGAGUGCAAUAUAUCAGCAUCUUUUGCAGAUUUCUAGAUCGCUGAUGAGGGUUAUACAAGUACUGGGAAUAUGUCCUAAAAGCAGCAAUGCCAAAAUGGAGGUUUUUCUUCUAACUUUGCAAAGGUCACUUGAAACAAAAUGUGAUAGACUCUAGCAAUGCUUCCUGCCUUCUAGGAAACCAUAAGAGCCUCUGAGUCUGGGGGUUCAUCAAUGUAUAUAAAUCACACAAGGCAAUUUGUUUAGUGUACUAGUAGAAGUAUUAUUAGAUAGCUUAGGAUAUAGAUUUAUUAAAAUAUUUUUUAGUAAGUGCUUCCGUUCCUAACGAAGAGGGGAUAACAAAUCUAUUUGAAUCUUUUUUUUAAAGAAUUACCAAUAACAUUUCUUUGCCAAACACUGCAUCGUUCGCUGGUAAAGAACUUCUUAGAUACUGUAAUAAUCAAAGUCAGAAUUAUUUAAAUGAUUCUCUGAUCUGUACUCCAUUAUGCAUUGAAGUAUUGUGAUAAGUUGCAUAGUUCCACUACAUUUUGAAAGAUUUAUUUAUUUAAAGGUUUUGUUUACCCAAAGUAAAAGCAUUGUCAAAUACUUUGAAUAUAAUCUUUGAAUAAUUACCAAUUUAAUUUAAAAAACCACCAUCUCUACCAAGUGCCAUUAAUAGCUGACUGUGAGAUGAGCCUCAGUACUGCCUCAAAAUAGGCAAGUAACUUUAGCUGGCACUCAUAUUCAAGAUGUAAAGUUCUGCUAAACUACACUUAAUUUCUUAUUUUUUCUGCAAUAGAACCUAGGACAGUAAGCAGAUGCUGGAGAUCUUUUACUGACUAGAAUCUUCCUCGGACAUCCGUACACUAAUGCAAGUUGCUUACCUGUUUUUCCUAGAACUAGAGCAGUGUUUGACUGCAUAGGCCUAUUGUGUUGAUUCUGGCUUUGUGUGUUUAAAAAAAAAAAAAAAAAAAAAUCACCACUAUCUGUGCCUUCUGUGGGAGUGGUUUGGGGAUAAGUCGUAAGAACAGAAAAAUGAUUUUGGCGAUACAUUUGAGUUGUUUUUGCUAAUCAAAAUGAUCUUCCUGUUCUUUGUAUGUUUUUUUUUUUGGUGUACGUAGUGUUUAAGUAGAGUUUACAGUGUAUUACAUAAGUAUUUCAAGUAUUUAGCUAUUGGUGUGGAUUAAAUGUUACUUUAACACCAGAACUUCAUGUGGUGCUGUGGAAGGUGACAGAUUUUUCAAAUUAGGUAAAAGUAUUUACUUGAAACUGUUUGCAUAAUAUGAUGUUAGUAAACUUAAAGACUGGAUAGUUUAUAUCUCACUUGAGUGCAUGAUAGAGCUUGUUAGGGCAAGUAUUCACAAAUAGAUUGUCCUAAUAAAUUGUAAUGUGUUUUGUUAUUCUAAGUAGUUUAAGAGAUAAUGAAACUACUGCUUCUCAGUAAUACCUGUGCUGUCUCUUGCAUCUGUCAGUGUUUAAAAAAAACAAGUUAGCUUGUUUUCUAGAUGACUGUAUUCUGUUCAAAUAAAGUCAAAUUAACUUCUAAAA